AUGGCGUCGCCCGCGCCUGACACCAACGGCAUAUCCACACCCCCCGCGACCGCCAGCGCAGCCCACACCAACUCCCCGCCCGCAUCCCAACCGCAACCUCAAUCCGCUGCCCAGCCCACCGCACAACCCACAUCCGCGUCGACUGCGUACCCCUCGACCUCGCUCCUCGACACAGGGACCUCGAAGCGUCCACGUGACGCGCGCCUCAUCCACCUGCUGCUCGCCAACAUGGGCGUAACAGCGUACACGGAGCGGGUCCCCCUCCAGCUGCUCGACUUCGCCUACCGCUACACAUCCGGCGUGCUGACCGACGCGCUGGCGUAUGAGCCGCCCGUCCCGUCGUCCCUACCGCAGAGCGAGAAGAAGAAGCGCGACCCCACGGCCGAAGAGGGCAUCAGUCUCAACGCGCUGCGCACCAGCGUCGCGGGCCGCGCGGCCGUCAUGGGCGGCAGCGGCGGCAGCAGCGCCGGGCUGGGCAAGGAGUUCCUGGCCGAGAUUGCCAUGGAGCGGAACCGCGUUGCGCUGCCGCGGGUGGAGCGCGAGUUUGGCCUUCGGUUGCCGCCUGAGCGGUACUGUUUCACGGGCGUCGGGUGGGGGGUCAAGGAGGCGUGGGAAGCCGAGGAAGACGUCGAGAGCGACGAGGACAUGGAGGGCGUUGCUGCCGGCGGUCCCGUGGGCGGUGGGGCGGUCGCUGACGGCUUCGGCGCGCCGGUCGAGGCGGAUACAGAGAUGGGCGGCAUGGAUGAGGAGGUCGAUGAGGAUGAGUUCGAGGAGGUCAUGGGCUGA